CUCGGCUGGGUAACUCCAGAGAGAAGUGUUGCGUCCAGUCUCAACCGCUUGUCAGGCCUUCUCUGUUCUGUUAAACAGCGUUUCCGUCGAAUCCUAUAGAUUACUAGCGACAGACAAGGCACACAUGAGCACCGAAUAUGGAAGACGAUAUUCGCUCAAAGAAUGCUGUUAAUCAAAGGAAGACGAAGGUACAACUGGCUCCCACAGAUCUGGCGUACCAAGGGAAACAUGGAACACCCGAAACGUUCCAGUUAGAUGAACAAGAUGGAGUAGCUGGAGUCUCUGAACUAGAAGACUUGAUAGAAAUAGUUAACCCUAAUGGAUGGUGGAACAUGACGUCAUUAGCACUUGGUCUCAUGGCUUUUUUCAUGCUACCACUUCAGUCAGUCACCUACCAGUUCCUAGGCGAAACGCCUGCGCACUGGUGCCACAUUGCUCCACUGACAGAGGCCAACUGGACGCAGCAACAGAUCAGAGAUCUCGCCAUUCCUCUCUCAAGCAACGACACACGCGAGAGGAACUGCAAAUUCUACAACUACAACUACACGAAAGCCGUCGAACUCGGCUACGAAGCGGCUAUGGAAAGCCGGGGUUCGAUCUCCAUCGGGGACGGAAGCCCCAUUUCCUGCCAGGCUCGAGAUUUCAACGUCAGCCAUUACAGCCUGACGCUCGUUGCCGAGUGGGAUCUGGUGUGCGAGAAAAGAGCUCUCUACUCAACAACCCAGUCUGCAUCUCAGUUUGGCAACCUCCUUGGAGAUCUGACAUUUCCAUACUUCAUGGCCAAAUAUGGCCGUAGACCCAUCACGCUUGUCUGCUUAGUUCUGUGUUUCGUGUGUGCCUUGGGAGCGGCUGUUUCUCCUUGGUAUUCCUUUUACGUUCUCCUCAGAAUUGCAGUCAAUUUCUUCUGCAUGGGUUGUUAUACAGGAUGCUUCGUGUACACGUUGGAGAUCUCUUCUCACAGACAGCGCUCAAUCGUAGGCUCCAUCGGCGGUAUGACAUGGUCGUUCGGGUUUCUGGCAGUGCCCGGCAUCGCCUAUCUCGUCAGACCUUGGCGGUGGAUGCAGGUGGCUUUUUCAGCCCCAAUGAUUCUUUUACUCGUUACGUAUUACUGGUUCAUAGUGGAAUCACCGCGCUGGCUGAUCUCUCAAGGUCGAUACGAAGAAGCCGAGGAGAUACUCUCGAGGAUCGCCAAAUUAAACGGCCGAGCCUUUCCGCCCUCAAAGGCAGUUGUCAUUUCCUUGAAGAAGAUGGCCACUCCGAGUGAAUCUAAUAGCGGAGAGGCGUCAUUUCGACACAUCGUCAGGAAUCUGAAGGAAUAUUUCAUCCUGAUUCUGAAGCAAGAACACAGAGCGAAGAUUCUGAAUUGCUACUUCUGCUGGUUCGCCGUUAGUCUGGUGUACUAUGGCGUCUCCUUGAAUGCAGGCAACCUCAGCGCCGACCCUUACCUGUACGUAGCCCUUGGGAGCUUGGCCGAAUUUCCUUGUUACCCGAUUUCGUGGGUCCUGAUGGUGUACGUCGGCAGGAGACUCAGUUUAGCCAUCUGUUACUGGAUGUCCGGCGUGGCUACCUGCGUCGUGGCUCUCCUUGUAGCCUCUAUGGAUGAAGUACCUUUCGGCUUGCUGAUGAUGUUCGCGAUGACGGGCAGGGUCGCUAUCUCAGCCGCGUUCGUCAUCUGUUACUUGUACACGGCUGAACUUUUUCCGACUCGGCUGAGGUCGCUGGCCGUGGGGCAGUCUAGCGUCGUCGGUCGCGUAGGCAGCAUGAUGUCGCCCUACAUUAACGAUAUCUUGGGUGCGUUGAUUGUCUGGGCACCUUUGGCAUUGUUCGCAUUGUUGUCUGCCCUGUCGGCAAUCCUGUGCCCGCUGUUGCCGGAGACGAGAGGAUCCAUGAUUGAGGAGGGGGCGUCGUCCCCAAGGGCGAAAGAGGAGGAAGGAGGAGGAGGGGAGUAGGAGGCGAUCCUGAUAACUCCAAACGGAGAGCGAAAGGACAGUCUGUGAAGGAAGGAUUCCAGGAAGACUAAUGAACGAAAACAAAUGCGAAUCGUUACUACUUUUCUUGCAGGCUGGGAUAAUCACCUCUUAUUGUUUGAUUGCUAAGCGAUGCUUGUAGAUCACACUAUUUCUAUGUAGUAGUACUUCAGUUAUGCAAUAUCCCAGAUAAAAGUUAUUUUAUUUAUUCUGAAGGCAGAUUUUCCUACAGUGCAAAGAUU